GGCAGAGGUGGCGCCUUCUCUUUUUCAGUUUUGUGGGACGUUUUACUCAAUUUCGUUCCCUCCUUCGAGCCUCGAGAAUACUUGAAAAUGGGGCUGUCUUUCACCAAGCUAUUCAGUCGGCUGUUUGCCAAGAAAGAGAUGCGUAUACUCAUGGUGGGCCUCGAUGCUGCGGGUAAGACCACCAUUUUGUACAAGCUCAAGCUCGGAGAGAUAGUCACCACUAUCCCCACCAUCGGGUUUAACGUGGAAACUGUGGAAUAUAAAAACAUUAGCUUCACUGUGUGGGAUGUGGGUGGCCAGGAUAAGAUUCGUCCUUUGUGGAGACAUUACUUUCAAAAUACACAAGGACUCAUCUUUGUGGUUGACAGCAAUGAUAGGGACCGUGUGGUUGAAGCUAGAGAUGAACUGCACAGGAUGCUAAAUGAGGAUGAGUUGAGGGAUGCUGUGCUACUAGUUUUUGCAAACAAGCAAGAUCUUCCAAAUGCUAUGAAUGCUGCUGAGAUUACUGAUAAGCUUGGUCUUCAUUCUCUCCGUCAGCGUCACUGGUAUAUCCAGAGCACGUGUGCCACAUCUGGCGAAGGGCUUUAUGAAGGACUUGACUGGCUAUCAAACAGCAUUGCAAACAAGGCAUAGAGACAACUAAUUUUGGGUUGCAAAAAGUUGAGUGUAUUUGGCAAUUGGCAAUCAUGUACUGGAGCUUUUGAUUUUUUGUUUCCCUUGUUAGUGUUCGCUGACUCUGGCAUGUAACGAUUUCCCUUGGUAAAAAGAACAGUCAUCUAUUUACUUUCCUUUCUUGGUUGGGUUUCAUCAGGAAUUAUGAGAAAUAAUGGUGGGUAUUUUGGUCUGAAAAAAAAAAUCAUCUCAGGAAGGCACGAAAAUUCCGUUAGGGGGUGUGGAGACAAAAAUUCCAUCAUUUUGAUGGGAAACUGCCUUCCCAGGAGACACUCUUGCAUCA